AAACACUAUGAAAUGUGGCGAAGGAAAUGACAAUUUAAGGAUAUCAUGUUGAAUAUUGAAUUGUCAACUAAGAAGAACACUGGAAAAGUAUCCAGGUGGUGGUCGGAAACAACGCUAGUGGUCAGUAGCCGGAGGGACAUUCACAUCGCGAAAUCCGCAAUUCAAUCAACAACGCGCCCGAGAUUUUCAAAGCCUCACUAGUUGAUACCACCCCGCGGACGUCACGAUUUACCUCGCGCAAGAUGGCAUCCCAAACAUUGACCUCAUCAAUGCAACCUACAGAUGUUUAUGGCGGAGAUGAAGUCUCAGCCAUUAUCCUCGAUCCAGGAUUCUCAAGCGUGCGCGCGGGCUUCGCUGGAGAAGAUACACCGAAGUCCUUCGUCAGUUCAUACUAUGGGGUGAAUGAGGGCGGACAGGUUUUCGGCGACGAUGCAAUCCACAACCCUCUCGCUGGGCUGGACAUUCGAAAUCCUAUGUCGAAGGAGGGAAUAGUGGAAGAUUGGGACACAGCUACACGGUUAUGGGAGUACGCGAUCACAUCACGGCUCACGAGCUUCAAACAGGCAGAUCCGCGAAAUAAUGGCCUCAAUGACGAUCUGAAGGAUUUGGAUGUGGAGAUGGAUGGGGUCGAGGAAGGAGAGAAACCGCUUGAGGAGCACCCUUUGCUCAUGACAGAGACAGCAUGGAAUAGUCCAAAGAAUCGCGAAAGAGCCAUCGAGAUUGCAAUGGAGUCGUGGGGCUGCCCCGCGUUCUGGCUCGCACGAAAUAGUGUCCUGGCUGCGUUCGGAGCUGGAAAAGCGACUGCACUCGUUGUUGAUGUUGGCGCAUCUACAGCUUCAGUCCUCGCUAUACACGAUGGUCUUAUACUGAAAAAGUCGAUCCAGAAGUCACAUCUCGCAGGUAAUUGGCUCUCGUCGCAGAUUCGAACCCUUUUCGCGACAUCAGAACCCAAAGUUGAGCUCGUACCGCAUUACACGAUCAUGUCAAAGACGCCCGUUGAUGCAGGUGCUCCGGCCCAGGCCACAUACCGCACAUACGAGAAAGAGGUGACCGAUAGCUUCAGAGCAUUAGAAGAGGAGCGGGUUUUGACCGAGUUCAAAGAGUCUGUUGUACAAGUAUGGACUGGACCAGGCCGUCUGAAUAGCCCCAUGCAAGCUGGCAUGACCAACCUCGAGUACGCAAAGAGCCAGCCAGGACGAGUCUUCGAGAUGCCAGAUGGCUACAAUCAGAUGUGGGGUGGCGAGCGCUUCACUGUUGCAGAGGGUAUGUGGGAUGAGAGAGCCGCUCUUCCUGUUGCGGGAGAGCAACCGGUUCAAAAAGGACAAACAAUUUCUGAGAUGGUCAAAGCCAGUGUCAAUGCAGUGGAUAUGGACUUGCGUUCCCAGCUGCUGCAGAACAUUGUGGUAACUGGAGGCACGACGCUUGUCAAUGGCUUUACGGACAGGCUGAACAACGAGCUUACGGUCAUGUAUCCAAGUGCAAGAAUAAAGAUCCAAGCAGCUGGUUUGACGGCUGAGAGAAGAUUCGGAAGUUGGAUUGGAGGCAGUAUACUUGGCAGUCUCGGAACAUUCCAUCAGAUGUGGAUUAGCAAAAAGGAGUUUGAAGAAUUUGGUUCGUCCGUUGUAGAGAAGAGGUGCAAAUGAGCAAUCAAAUGACCUGAGUAGCUUCAAAAGUCAUUGCUUCAGGUGGCUGGGGUCUUCUGGGAGUCAGGUGUUUAUUACUGGAUACCAUUUCCCAGGCUUGUAAUCUAAACAGGAAAAGCUAGCAGAGCUAUAGAACGUUGCUUAACUCACAAG